CGCACCGAAGUGAGGUGGGGAUGAGAAAUCAUCAUUUAGUUAGCUCGCUGCUAGCUGCCUAUAUAGUUGAAGUGUAAUGAGCUUAGUAGCCCAAAUUUAGAAUAUUAGUUUACUUUUGGUUGGGACAUCGACGACCAUUUUACAUCAAGAAUGGACAUAAGUUAACAAUGACGGGGGAGAAAAAGAAGAAGAAGCGGCUGAACCGCAGCAUUCUUCUAGCAAAGAAAAUUAUAAUAAAAGAUGGAGGAAGUCCUCAGGGAAUCGGUGAGCCCAGCGUCUACCAUGCUGUGGUCGUCAUUUUCCUGGAGUUUUUCGCAUGGGGUCUUCUCACCACCCCGAUGCUCACGGUAUUACAUCAGACAUUCCCCCAACACACAUUCCUGAUGAAUGGACUUAUUCACGGUGUGAAGGGCCUAUUAUCAUUUCUGAGUGCUCCUCUGAUUGGAGCGUUGUCAGACGUUUGGGGGCGCAAGUCCUUCUUGCUGCUAACAGUCUUCUUCACAUGUGCUCCCAUUCCACUGAUGAAGAUCAGCCCGUGGUGGUAUUUUGCAGUCAUCUCCAUGUCUGGCGUCUUCGCCGUCACCUUCUCUGUGAUCUUUGCUUAUGUGGCAGACAUUACGCAAGAGCAUGAGAGGAGCACAGCGUAUGGCUUGGUGUCUGCUACCUUUGCAGCCAGCCUGGUUACCAGUCCAGCCAUCGGAGCCUAUCUGUCGGUGGCCUACGGUGACACGUUGGUGGUAAUCUUGGCCACCGCCAUCGCCCUGCUAGACAUCUGCUUCAUCCUGGUGGCCGUCCCGGAGUCGCUGCCGGAGAAAAUGAGGCCGGCGUCAUGGGGAGCACCAAUCUCCUGGGAACAGGCAGAUCCCUUUGCUUCUCUGCGUAAAGUGGGCCAGGACUCCACGUUGCUGCUCAUCUGUAUCACAGUGUUCCUCUCCUUCCUCCCCGAAGCUGGGCAGUACUCCAGCUUCUUCCUCUAUCUCAGACAGGUCAUACGCUUCUCCUCGGAGAUGGUGGCGGCCUUUAUCGCUGUUUUAGGGAUCCUUUCCAUAUUGGCUCAGACGGUGGUGUUGGGGAUCCUGAUGCGUUCUAUAGGAAAUAAAAACACAAUCCUACUCGGCCUCGGCUUCCAGAUCCUCCAGCUGGCCUGGUAUGGCUUUGGCUCUCAGCCCUGGAUGAUGUGGGCAGCUGGCGCCGUGGCGGCCAUGUCCAGCAUCACCUUCCCUGCCAUCAGCGCUAUCGUGUCCCGUAAUGCAGAUCCGGACCAGCAAGGUGUUGUCCAGGGGAUGAUCACUGGAAUCCGCGGGCUUUGUAACGGUUUGGGUCCGGCUCUUUACGGCUUCGUCUUCUACUUGUUCCACGUUGAGCUGACGGACUCGGACGGCUCUGACAAAGGUGCCAAAUCCAACAUGGCCAACCCCACUGACGAGAGUGCCAUCAUCCCCGGUCCUCCCUUCCUCUUCGGCGCCUGCUCAGUGCUGCUGUCACUGCUGGUGGCGCUGUUCAUCCCGGAGCACACGGGGCCCGGCAUGCGGCCCGGCUCCUACAAGAAGCACAGCAACGGGGCGCAGAGUCACUCCCACAGUCCUCAGGGCAGCGGGGCGGAGGGCAAGGAGCCGCUGCUGGAGGACAGCAGCGUAUAACCUCAGCUAAGUGGGGCACACACCCCAUUUAAAACAGAAAAAGGAAAAAAAAGACCCUCAACAUACGGACAGACGCACACGUUUAACCACAAGGACACGCAUCAGAGUGCCGUGGAGAGGAGUUUGUCCACAGCACAAGAGUGGGUGCUCCACCAGGCCGUUCUUCGUCUAAAGGCAGGUUUAUGAGGACUUUCUGGAGGAAGCGUUUAGUAUUUUUAUUUUGUUUUUUUGGGUGUGAGUUAGAGAGACGCUGCUCAGCUGGACUCCAUUUUCUCUGCAGGUGUGGCACAUAGAACCCAAUCAAGUGCGAGAGGGGGUGUUUAUUUAAAAUGUCGCUACGUACCUGUGUGAGUCUUGAUAUUGGUUUUUGUCCAGCUGGAGUGUAACAAACACUCGAGCUCUCGUACUGAAAAGCUAACUUGUGUCCCAACGCUCAUCGUCGUUUUCAGAACUGUAAGAGGAGCGUUGAGGAAACGCUGCCUAACCUCAGCUAGGAUGGUCGACCCGUUCAGAUGAUGAAGGCUUCAGCGUCAGGACCACAGAUUUAUCCAGAUAUUAGACUUCUUACGGAGAGAAGUGCAGGAAAGAGACCACUUCGUUAGCUGAAGUCCUUUCUCAGUGUUUACUUGCAGUUCUCUAGAUUCAUAGAACAGUUUGGGUUGUAUAUUUUUCUCUGUUCAAACUGAAGUCCAGUUGUGCUUCAAGUUUUUAAUUCAAGAAACAAACGUUGCCUUGAAGUGGCUUACCAUUUAAAUAAUAAUAAUAAAAAAAAUAGACAUAACCUGUAUGAAGACCAAGGUCUGAGUAGGCUCUGUAAUCUUACUCUGUCGCUCCCAUCGGAGCUGUUAGACACUUUUUAUUCCUCCGCAUUCGUACCCUUGCUGUUUAUCUCGGUUCUUGACGUGUAUCAGCAUCAGGGCUAAGGCUUACAGAACCACGUUUUUUUUAUUUGUUUUUUAAUUUCUAGAGCUUCAGGACCACGUAGAGCUAUCUAUUAGCAGAUCAGUGGUCAACGCUGGCUGUUAACACAAAGUUUCUGGAAAUAUCAUUAAUACAUUCAUGAGAAUAUCACACUGCAAAAACACAAAAUCUUACCGAGUGUUUUUGUUUAGUUUCUAGCGCAAACAUCUUAGUACAUUUGAAAU